CAGCAGCUGCAAGAGAAGUAGAAGUAGAAGUAGAAUCAGCGUGUGACGUUUGUGUCAAAUACAGAAGCUGGUGUAAUGGUGUUUCUAACGUAGCCAUGUGAAUCACAAUUGACUGCACCAUAAUCCAAACACAUAAGUUUUGGCGCGUCAGCUUUAAACUAAAACUCAGGUAACUAUAGUAAAUAUCGGGACGACUUAAACAACUUAGGGAUUUAUAUGCGCGAGGUAGCCUCGGUUAGCCUACUGCGAACAUCUCCAUUAUGUGCUGAUGGACCUCAAAAAGUUUUUUAAUUUAAUAACUUCCGUUGGUGCCGUGUGGCAACAAAUAACUAGCUAAUAACGACAAAGAUAAAAUGGCUUUCAUAGGCCUGUUCACGAGUCUGUCUGCUGUCGAAGAAGAUGUGAAGAUUUCUGCUCAGCCAGUCUUUACACACAGGAACCAGAGUGGGACUGCUAGGAGAGGCAAUGCCAAAAAGAGGAAACCCCAGGCUGAGCAGGCCAGCCCUUGCAAGAAGAAGCGACGUUACCAAGGCCAAUCAAUGGGGACUUAUAAUGCGACUUCCUUUUUGUGUGAUGACUUCAGGUCCGUAGACUACCACAAGCAGAACACUGACAGGGAGCAUGUCAGUGCUGGCUACACUACAGAAGUGAUACCUAACCACAGUAAUAACACUGGCCAAGGUGACAUGUAUCACAAAGUUCUGAAUUAUGAAAGCAAAGGUAACUGUAAUGUGAACAAGAAGCAACAGCAGAAAAAGAAAAGAGAGGGGCAGAAAAAUGAGCAUCACCUGAAAAACAGAUGGAAGCAUACCAAUGGAGAUGGAUGUCAUCAGACCAGACCGACUGUGAGAAAAGGUGGAGAUGGUAAAUAUAAAGAUCGCAAGAAGGAUAUUAAAGUGAACCGCACAAGGUUCAUGGCCCAAGAAUUCAAGGACCAGAAUGCUUUGUUAGUGGAUGGUCGGUUGCUUUGUCGACAUUUCCUCUGGGGAAGAUGUAUAAAGGGUGACGACUGCCAAAUGGAGCAUGUUCAGGGUUACAAUGAUCUCUUCAAAGAAGUUUGCAAAUUUUACAUCCAAGGACUCUGCACAAAGGGGGAGAGAUGCCCAUACAUGCACAAGUCCUUUCCUUGCAAGUUCUUCCACAGAAAAGGAAAAUGUUAUCAAGGAGCAGAUUGCAGGUUUUCCCAUGAGCCACUUAAUGAGCUUACUAGCCGACUGUUAGAUGAGACAUUAAAACGGGAAAAAGACCUCUAUGAACUAGCAAAAAAAGCUGAACAGGAGUCAACAGGACAGCCAGUGACUGCAGACGAGCCCAAAAUUAUAGAAGCAAGCAGAACCCCUGAUAUACUGACGCAGCCAGUCAGGCCAAACUUCUACAACAGUGGAGAAACAAAUACUGAGCAUGAAGCCUUAUGUCAAACUAAAGACCCAUCUGAUAUCAUGGAUGAAGCUGUUCUACCAAGUGCAUCAGAUGCAGCCCAAGCUCUCAGCCCGCCAUCAACUAAACGUAAUCACGAGGAGCCAGUUUGUUAUUCAGUUGAAGCAGUUCUUGGACGUCAGCUGUUCAAACCAUUCCCCCAUUCAUAUACAACUCCUGCAAGUCAAGAAUCUACUUCUGUCUCUGUUGCAAAGACUUCUUCUGAUUGCAGUUCAGGCUCUGCAAACCAAAGUGAAGCUCCCUAUUCUGUUGAUGCUGUUCUCAGAUGUUGUAAAUCAGUGGAAAAGUCUACCUUUGGUCAAACACCUACCCCUCCAGCUGCACAGACUGUAUUAUAUACCCCAACUGCUGGCUGUGAAGUCACUGAACCUCUGCUAAGCUCAGAAACCCAAAAUGAAACAGUCUUAUAUCCAGUAAGUACCAGAAAUGAAGCAAAAAAACCCAAUGAAAAAAUUUUCAAAAGUCUAUCAUCCCUCCAAGUGCAUACCAGCCUGAUUUCAGAGACCUGUCCUGGUCAUACUCUGGCCUCUGGGAAUCACCAGAAACAAGCUGGGGAAAUCCCAGUUUCCUUGAAACCUGCUCAGAAAGCUUCAUGUGAAAUCAGCUUCGAAUUGUUGCAUUCUCCUGUCACAGUGGCAGAGAAACCUGCAUCCUGCAAAAGCAUGCUUCCUUUCAUGUCUUCUUUGCAUCUGCCUGCAGAUCUUACAUGGUCUGUAAAUCGCAAAAGUGAAAGACUUCUUCUUUAUGGAUCCAGUAAGCAUCAAAGCCUGACAGGUACUCUGGGACGUCCUACACAGUUGAAGCCACAUGCCUCUGCCUUGACGUCUGACUCACAAGUGUUGGUAAAGCCUCUUUGUCCUUCAGGUUUAUCCGAGUUUAAAGAUAGAGCUGCUGUUUUUGUUGAACCUGUCACCAGCACUGCUAAGACCACUGAAUCUGGAGACUCUGUCAGUCAUCAUUUUUCAGAAAAUCCAUCCACAGAGAUUCACCAGCACUCCAAAAAGUCACAGUCUGCCCUCGGGUCUAGUGCACAACGACAUUAUUCUACUGAGGCCACAGCAGAAUGCAGCAGUAAAGCCACACAUUGUGGUGAUUUGUCAGUGAGACGCAACAAGACCCAGAAAAGACCAUUUUACAGCCUUUUUGCAAGCCCCUUCACUGAUGGCCUGAAGUCAACACCAGACUCUGUAACAACACCUGGGUGCCCUCAAGACUUGAUUCAAUCUUCCUGUCCUGGUCUACAGUCUACACAUUGCACAGAUAAAGAUAUACACACUGAAACUGACAAGGCCCCUGCCAGGUCCUUCCUUAGCCUUUUUGCUGCCCCUCUCAGAGCUGCUUCUCCUACAUGUGGGCAAUCUCACUCAGAUUUUUCAAGGACUUCCUCAUCUUCUCAAAUGUCUGACCAGUCACUUGAUAAUACAGCUCACGUAUCAGACUCCAAACAAAGAGCUUCUAAUUCAGAGACACCUCUCCCACUCGGAGUCCACAUUGAUGUCAAACCAAUGUCUCACAGAUCAGAAGCUCCUAAAAUUUCUCCUAGUCCUAAAAAUGAAAGUAAAGAUGUCUUAUCUAAGCCUGUAAAUAAACCUACAAAGCAACUGGUGAAUCCCGUCUGCAGCCUUGUGUCUGAUUCUUCCAGUUCAGCUUCUAAUAGUCCAGAUUCAUCUGCAACCCCAGCUCAGCAGCAGCUGUCCAACAUCUCGUCCCACAAAGAAUCUGCAGUACCAGCCUCUGCAAAUUCAGUUCUAAAAAGCCUCUUCCUGUGCCUGAGCCCAUACCAACAGGAUGGAGAGCAACAGGGCAGUGUUCAGAUCAGUGUCCCUUCAGAAUGUGAAAAGAAGGACAAAGGCAGCAUUAAGCGAUGACAGAAAAGGGACAAAGGAAGUUCAAGAUUCCCACCAACAGUCCCCAGAGAAGACAGUCAGCUGAGCACCAGCCCUUUUUCACACUCCUCAAAUCUCCCUGAAGACCACAGGUGUGCUGGGCCUGAGCAGUCCGGCUGUGAUCGAACCUCGGGUGUGAAACUGGCACACACAACUUCCCAUUCAGAGUAGAGACACUGCUGAUGCAGCAUCAUUGCCAAAUGAGACUGAAGCACAACUCAGAGGAAGAAAAGUGGGUUAAUGGGAACAUGGCGAUCUCCUUACUAAAGGGCCGUUUUAAGACUUUAAACACCACUGUUUUUCACUUUGGACAUUAACUUUGGGAUUACUUGUGUGUUACUCUUGAUUUAAAACGUGCUUUUUGCACCAGUGAUAAAACUGUGUAAUGAAAUUAGAUCUUGUUGAUUCAAAGGUCAAGGUGUUGGUCUGUAUCACCUGUGUUUAUAUUUAAUCAGUGUUUUAAUGUGAGCCCCAACCAUUUUACUUAGGAUCUGCUCAUUUAUUUAUAACUUUGUCAAAAUAUUUUGAUCAAAUUAUGUUAAUGCAUCAAACAAUGGUUAGGAGUGUUGGUAUAUAUAUUGCUAGUUUGUUAGGUACACCUAGUUUUUGUAAACUGACAUAAAAGCCCUAAUAAACUGUCAAGUGUA